AUGAUUCAUGCUUUGAACGAAGCAUUAUCGAAAUUAUGGAAUGUAACUGUAAUUGAAGUGCCUAAUUUAUUGAAUAUUGAGAAGAACUUAUGCACGGUAGAUGGACUUUUGAAGCCAUUUUUAGAACAAAAUGAAGAAAGUUUUGGAGGAACUUAUAUUAAUGUAAAAAGAAAUAAAAUAAUCAUCAUGAUAGUAGAUGAAACAAAGAAGGACAUUAUAUUAAAUUCACCUGAUAUACAACCGCAUAUAGAGUUAUUAAUAUUUCAACCAGCACUAAAUUCUCUAUCAUCCUUAAAAAAUUCGUCACUGCAAAUAGUUGCAAACUCACGUAGGCAUCGUCCAAUUGAAGUAUUGAUGUACAUUGACAUUGAAGAAAAUAACAUUGUCAUAUUUAUACCUUUCAUUACCGAUGAACGUAAUAAACCGUUUAUCGAUAUACGUAAUAAACCGUUUAUGGACAGUAUCAGUCAAUAUAACCCUGUUAUGCGUCUUUUCGAUGUGAACAUGCAAGGACAACCUUCUAGAAAACGACCUCGUAAUUCGACUCACACCAAGCGUGAAAUAGGUCGACAAAUAAUAAAUGGAGGUGCUAUAUAUAAUUUAGGUAGUAAAGCUAUAUGUACAGCGGGUUUUUGGGUAAUAGAUGAAGAACUAAAUAAUUAUCUUGUAACUGCAGGACAUUGUAUUGAUCGUAAUAAUACAACUCCUGAUCAUAAUACCUUUUAUUUGAUGCCGUUAAAUUCUUCUGAAAAAGUAUCGAGCUUUAGUAAAAAAAAUGAUGAAAUUGGGCCAAUGGUAUUUCAUGAUUUGAAAGAAACUGAUUUUGGCUUAAUCAGAAUAACAAAUGUAGCUAUCAAACCGACAAAAGUGAUAAGAAAUACAAAUUCUGAUCCAUAUAGACAACUAUUUAUAAGAGAUGCUGAAACGAUAUCGACCCAUGGUGCUCACUUAUGUAAAUCUGGUACGAUUACAUUUGUUACUUGCGGAUACAUAAAAUCAUUCGAGGGUUAUUCUUUUCGUGGUAAUGACGUUUUCGAUAAUUUUAUUGUUACAAAUUUUCUUUCUAAUGUAGGUGAUAGUGGUGGUCCUGUUUUCUAUUUACGGGAUUUACCUUAUGUGAGUUUACAUGGCAUUGUCAUAAAAGGUUUUAGUUCUAGAGAAUGGGGAGAUUUGACUUUUAAUGUAAAAGCAGAUUAUAUUAUUAGUGCAGCUAAUAGGACUAUUAAAUUAGGUGUUAUACAUGAGUAUUAUCAAGAAAAAAGAUUACAAUCACAAUAA